CGCCCCCAGCGCCAGGCGCACGCCCCGCCCACUUGCCCAGUACCGUGGGUCCCACCCCGGAUGUCCGCCCCUAGCUGACUGAGCCCGAGGCCAUGGCGAGCCAGGUUAUCAAGUGCAAGGCUGCAGUUGCCUGGGAGGCAGGAAAGCCUCUCUCCAUAGAGGAGGUAGAGGUGGCACCCCCAAAGGCUCAUGAAGUUCGAAUUAAGAUUAUUGCCACUGCAGUUUGCCACACCGAUGCCUAUACCCUGAGUGGGGCUGAUCCUGAAGGGAGUUUUCCAGUGAUCCUGGGACAUGAAGGUGCUGGAAUUGUGGAAAGUGUUGGUGAAGGAGUUACUAAGCUGAAGGCAGGUGAUACUGUCAUCCCACUUUACAUCCCACAGUGUGGAGAAUGCAAAUUUUGUCUAAACCCUAAAACAAACCUUUGCCAGAAGAUAAGAGUUACUCAGGGGAAAGGAUUAAUGCCAGAUGGUACUAGCAGAUUUACUUGCAAAGGAAAGACAAUUUUACAUUACAUGGGAACCAGCACGUUUUCUGAAUAUACAGUUGUGGCUGAUAUCUCUGUUGCUAAAAUUGAUCCUUUAGCACCUUUGGAUAAAGUCUGCCUUCUGGGUUGUGGCAUUUCAACUGGUUAUGGUGCUGCUGUGAACACUGCCAAGGUGGAGCCUGGCUCUACUUGUGCCAUCUUUGGCCUAGGAGGAGUUGGAUUGGCGGCCAUCAUGGGCUGUAAGGUGGCUGGUGCAUCCCGGAUCAUUGGUGUGGACAUCAAUAAAGAUAAAUUUGCAAGGGCCAAGGAAUUUGGAGCUUCUGAAUGCAUUAACCCCCAGGACUUCAGUAAACCCAUCCAGGAAGUGCUCAUUGAAAUGACUGACGGGGGUGUGGACUAUUCCUUCGAGUGCAUUGGUAAUGUAAAAGUCAUGAGAGCAGCGCUGGAGGCCUGCCACAAAGGCUGGGGUGUCAGCGUCGUAGUUGGAGUAGCUGCAUCUGGUGAAGAAAUCUCCACUCGCCCAUUUCAGCUGGUAACAGGCCGCACGUGGAAAGGCACUGCUUUUGGAGGAUGGAAGAGUGUGGAAAGUGUCCCAAAGUUGGUGUCUGAAUAUAUGUCCAAAAAGAUAAAAGUUGAUGAAUUUGUGACUCAUAAUCUGUCUUUUGACCAAAUUAAUGAAGCCUUUGAACUGAUGCAUGCAGGAAAGAGCAUUCGAACUGUUGUAAAGCUUUAAAUUCAACAGAGAAAGCUUUAAAUUCAGCAGUUCAUCCUUGUACUUAAGUCUUGUGGUCCAGCUGGAACAGCCAGACAAGCAGGGAGAAGAUCUUCCAAGUUCACAGCCUCUUAGACAUUCAAGACCUUCUAGGCCUUCUCUACUGUUACUUCUAGAGCAACCUACUUUAGGCAGUAUUUUUUAUAUAAUUCAUAAAUCUCUAAUCAAGGACAAGACUAAUAGAGUCAUAAAUCUGAUUUCUCAACUCUCCUUCACAUGAAUAAUUGCCAACUCAUUAAGGAAUAUCCCAACAUAAUAAAAAUAAGUUCUGCAUAUGUGUA